CAGUCCAUCAGUUAGUCCCUCUGCUCUCCAUCAGUACUAUUCAGGUUUUAGUAGCUUGUCUCCUCCAUCAUGCUGGUUCAAGCUCUACUCCAGACCUCACUGGUUCUCUGGUUGGUUCAGCAAACUCUGCAAGGCGGGGUUAAACCUCAAAGUGUAUCCUGGGGGAGAGUGCUGCCAGCCAGAGGUGUUGGCGUUGGAGUAAAGCCUGGAGUUGCAGGUGCCCUUGGAGCAUUGGGGAGCCGAUAUGGCACCAAAGCAAUGAAGACUGGAAUUGGACGUUAUCCAGGUGCUCAGCUUGGUGUUGGUGGUUAUAGAGCUCUCGGAUUAGGAGGUAAAGCAGGCCUGAAGCAAGGUGGAUAUGGAGCCCAGGGAGGCUAUGGUGCUGCUCUGGGCACAGGAAUGGCACUAGGGACUGGACUUCCAAAUGGACUGGGACUGGGUUUGGGCCAGGGAGGGAAACGUGUUUAUGGUGCGGGCCAUGGCACUCUGCCAGGAUAUGGGACUUUAGCUGGCAUCGGCUAUCCUGGAGCCCGACCAGGACCUGGACUUGGGUAUCCCAUCGGACAGAAGGCUAAGGAACAGAAACCUGGUGUGUCUGCAGCAGAUUUGGGUGGACCUCAGAUGGCUAAUCUGGGCCAAGCUGUUCCAGAUCUGAAGAGAGAAAAGAGCAAACCUCAUGGACCUGAAAUACCCGACAUGAGGAGAAGCAAUAUACUUACUGCUCCUGAAUUACAGGCAGAAACUGGCUUUAGACCUGCUCUACUGCCUCAUGGAAGAGACAUCAAAAGCCUUGAUCCAGCAGCCAAGUCAUCAAGUCUUGGACCUAUGACACCCCAUGAUAAACACAAUAAAGGUCUUAGUCUGGCUGUUUCACAAGCACAAGGAGUAGAACAAUAUGAGCCUAUGAUGUUAGAAAGAAUAGGCACAGCUAACCACGGAGCUGCACUGGCCGCUGGCAGUGUAAGACAGCAACUGCCUCUUGAUAAAGACAAAAUCAAAAGUCUGGCUUCUUCUUCCUCUCAGGUUCAGAGUUCAAGAGACUAUGAUUCAUCUAUCCAACAAAAUCAGCGAGGCCCAAACUGUGGAUCCACCCGUGAUUUGUCAGAUACAUUAAGAAUCAAUCAUGAGCUUUUGGGUUCAGAAACACAGAGGACUCAGGGUUUAGUGCACCAGCCACAUGUCGGUAAAGACGGCAAACAUCUUGGACAUGCACAUCUGCAAGUACAAUCAGAGAGAACCUAUCACCAGCCUCUUUCACAAACUCAAGACAGCAGAGGCAAUAUAUUGUCUCUUCCACAAGGUCAGGGAACCAGAGGCUAUUUGUCUGCUGUAGCAGAUGGACAGGCCAUCAAAGACUUUGUGGCUCAAGACAAAUCUGGGCCUAGAAUCUAUGGUACUAUUGCUAUAGAAAAUCCCAGUCAUGGUUCUGUAAAUCUUCAAGGACAAGGAAGGGGUGGCUAUGGACCGGUGAUCCCAGGUGCAGGUGGAACCCAAAGUUUAGGCAUUGCCCCAGUAGAAGGGCAGAAAGCUAAAGGCUUUACUGCAGAUGGUCAGAAAUCAAAACACCUUUCUCAUGGCGCACGUGAUGUCACUGAGUCAGAAGCUCUCGGUAUCCCAGGACAGACUGGGAGGAAUAACCAGGCACCAAGUUAUAUUGGUGGUCCAGGAAACUAUCUGGGAGGGAGCCUGGGCGCUGGAGGCUACGGAGCAGGUCUGGGACAGGGAGCAUACUUGGGUGGUGCAGCUGGCAAACAUGGAGCUGCUGGUGCUCUUGGACAGGGCGGGUAUCCCCACGGCUAUGGUGAGGGUGCAACAGGAUACCUGGGUGCCGUGGCGGGCAAUGGCUAUGGUUAUGGGAAUGGUUACAGCGACGGUCAAGGGGCUGCUCUCGGUACAGGAGCCUACCCUGGGCAAGUGCCAGGGGCGUAUGGAGCACUUGGUACAGGACUGGACCCAACUGCUGGCAAAUAUGGAGGCGGAGCUGCUCAGGUCCCUUAUGGUAAUGCUCCAGUGAUUCCUACUGGACUGGAGGGUGAUGGUGGCUACCCAUAUCCUGCUCAGCAGAUCAACCUUGCAGCUGAAGGUGCCAAAACCUCUAACAAAUAUGGAGCCGGUGCAGGAUAUGGACCUCAGCAAACAGGUUAUGGUGCACAGCUAGGAGCAACUCAAGAUGCCUUGGGAGAGCAAACUGGCAAAUAUGGAGGAGUGAAUGGUGCCCUUGGAAAUGGAUACAAAGGCUAAUUCAAAUGACCUGGACUUCUUCAAGUGGAUCAUUUUCAUAAUGUGUUCAGUGUAAUGUGUUUUUAAAGCUUUUCUUGUGUGUGUUUCACUCUAUUUUGUCCUGCUGUGUUGUCUGUUUUGUCUUUUGCUUUAUUUUUCUGACCCUCCCUUGUCUUUCUCUGUAAGUGGACAUUUGAUACCUGUUUGUCUUGUUGGUCCAAAAACCUGCAGCGCCCCACCAGUCUUAUUCUGUCAACACUGAAGAAAUUGGUGGUGAUUGAUGAACAUAAGUAUUUGUUAAGUGCAAGAAA